CUAAAAGAAGGACAAGUUCUUUGUCCAGCAGCCUAGCAGCCUCCAGAAUGAUGCCGCAGACACAGUGCUCUCUGAUUGGUGUGUGCUGGAUCCUCUUCCUCCUGCCUGAAGUCCUUGGCGCGAGCUACCUGCACAGCCUGCCUGUAUAUGCAGAUGGCUGUGCGUGGGCAGCCAGUGAGCUGGGGGUGUUUGUGAUGGAGGAGGAGCCUGUUGUGCUGCACUGCGCUGAUUUGGAGCGCCUGGUCCUGCACGCAGCCCUCACCCCUGACAACGGAUACACAUUCCACAUCACCCGUGGCAACGGCCACACAUUCCACAGUGCCCACGACAACCACAGAGGGGGACGGAUCAGACGAGAUGGGCGGAGUCUAUGGCUCCUCCCAUCACAGCCAUCAGACUCUGGAACCUACACCUGUGUAGUAAGGAAUGAGACCUUCUGUCUGAAGUCCAACAUGUCCCUUGCCGUCUACCCGUCUGGAAGAGCGGAUAUGGAGAUGAUGUCAUAUCUGCUGGCCCCAGUGAUGCCGGGGAAUGAUGGCAUCAUCCCGUGCCCCAUCGACGACUUCAACAGAACCGGGAGCCCACUCUGGUAUAAAGACAAGAGUAGAGCAGUCCUCCCGGUUGGUAGAGGGCGCUAUCAUUCUCAGCUGGGAGAGAUUCUGAUCAUUAAACACUUCUCUGCCUCGGACUCGGGCUUCUACACCUGCAGAGUAACCGUCAGCGUGUUCAGCACCCUCUACAACAUCAGCCGGGUCUCCCGCGUGCACACCACAGGAGAAGCUGCCCCCACCUUCCCACCUGCCACCAUCAGUGCCAGCACACACACGCCAGAGACUGAAGAUGGUUAUCCACGUAUUAUCUUUCCCACAAACAAUUCAGUGUUUGAGAGUCACUUUGGGUCCAGUCUAGUGCUGCGCUGCACUGUGGUCACUGGGAACAGAUUAACUGCCUCCACUCAGGUCACAUGGUUGGUGGACGGCCAAUCACCAUCAGAUCUGACCCCCCAGGUGUUCCAGAGAGAGUUGAGGUUAACAGGUGGACAACUGGAGGCGGAGCUUGUCAUCCUGGAGGUGAGGGAGGAGGAGUCACGGGCGGAGUUUAGAUGUGUCACUCAGAACUCAGCAGGAAGUCAAGAGGUGUAUGUCCAGCUCCAGAUGGCAGAUGAGGGCAGUGUGUGGUUAGCCGCAGGCCUGUUCUGUGGAGGCUGCUUUGUGUGUGUGCUGAGUGUGUUCCUCUACCACCUAUGGCCACGCCCCUCACUCAAACACAGAGACUACUUCCUCACCCGCCAAGACAGUGUGUUUUAAUAACACACACACACACACACACACACAUACACACACACACACAUACACAUACACACACGCAUGCACACACA